ACUUACUUUCCCUCACUGAUCCAAAUUCUCUGCGAUUCUAGGGUUUUCUGUAGUCUCUCUGGUGCUGCCCUGCGUUUCAAAGGCUUCAGAGUAAAUCGGUAGUCAUGGGUCACUCAAACGUCUGGAAUUCUCAUCCCAAGAACUACGGGCCUGGUUCUCGUGCCUGCCGUGUUUGUGGGAAUCCCCAUGGGUUGAUCCGGAAGUAUGGACUCAUGUGUUGCAGACAGUGCUUUCGUAGCAAUGCCAAGGAAAUUGGCUUCAUCAAGUAUCGCUGAAGGAUAAACACCUCAUCCGCUAAAGGAGAGAACAAGUAUGAUUCAAGAGUAGUGGUUUCUGUUUUGAUGAACUUGAAGAAAUGUUUAAUUUUGGUGAUGUGUUGUUGAACUUGGGUUGAUGUUAGACAACAAUUAGUUUUGAAUGCUAUGAGAAUAUUUUGUGGGUUUCAUUUAUGGAUGAUUACUCCUCUUAUUUCA